AUGAAGUCUACUCAGCUAACGAGUCGUACCCCGGAGCUUCAAUCGCAUCCUUCCCAGCACGGACAACCUCGUACCGUCGAUGCACGUAGAAUGCUUCGAUCCGUGUCGACGCGGAACGACGCAAAGAGCAACCAUGAUUGUACAACUCAGAAACGAGCGGUCUCCGACCUCACCGUCAGCUCAGGCAACAUUCUCAAACGCUCUCUCUCCAAGCUGAGGAGCAAAGAAGCUUCACCAGGCCGUCAAAAGCAUGUUCAGCCCAAACGUCCUCCUCCUUUGGCCACUUCUAAGAUUCCACAAGCGACAGCUCCUGCAACAACCUCGCGCAUACUCGGCACCCGUCCGGAACAGUCCGCCUUCAUUCUUCACAAUUUUAUGCCUCUCACUGCCAAGCAUACCAACAAACCUCACUACUACGACCAUCAGUCGCUUUCAGCUGGAACGAUAAAGCCUCAUAAAGAUAGCUAUGAAUCCAACCUUUUCACAUCCAGUGCUGUCCAUCAGCUGAGCCCAAAGCCAGACACAAAGACAACCGAAGUCAGGAUGAAAGCCAUGCAACUUGGCGUAUUUAAGAUCAGCGAGCCAGAUCUGAAGGAGCGCUAUCAGUUCCUUAACGAGAUCGGCGCAGGCGAGUGGGGCAGCGUCUGGUCGGUCGAAGCCCUUCGACCUCUCGACCAUCUCCCGCCUUCUGCCUAUCGAUCUCUUCAAGUCGUCAAGCUCACAGGCUCUGGCACAUACACAGUCGAAAAUACCUCCAACUUUCGUCCUCUCGCCGUCAAGCUUUGUAAGCGAGAGACCAAAUAUUCGUCAGCUGCGAGGACGCAGCGUCUCUGGAACGAAUUCAAAGUGCUGCGCAUGCUCAUGGAUCAGCUGCCUCGUGCCGAGCAAGGCAACGCAGGCAGCCCCGAUUGCCGCGUCCACAAUGAUCGUACUGGAUGGCAUCCCAACGUCGUCAACUUCUACGAAUUUCUCUUGACGCCAAACUUGGCUAUGCUUGUCAUGCCCAAGUUCGACGAACCCAUGAAGGUGUGUCUAGGCGAGUCAAUCUGCAUCCAUUUCUUCGAGCAAUUGCUUUCGGCUUUGCAUUGGCUCCACCAGCACUGCGUCUGCCACAACGACGUCAAGGUCGACAACGUUGGAGUUACCUACGACACCUCGGGUCUAGGACGCGAUGUGGUCACGCUUUUUGAUUUUGGUUUUGCCAACCGCUACGAUCCUCUCAAGCAAGACGCCUUCAUGUCCAAAGACGUGUGGGGUACACCUGAAUAUCUCUCUCCCGAACGGUGCCGCGCCACUUGGCAUGAUGAGCGAAAGUCCGACAUCUGGGCACUCGGCAUCACCUUCUUCGAGAUGUUGACUGGUCGAACUCCUUUCGAGCAUCACGACGAAAAGUUUGAUAGCAGCCAAAAGUUCGAAGUCUACUAUGUCCGAGCUGAGCGGGGUGUCUGGCUUGGUGACUGGAACAUGUCGUCCGAGAUGGAAGAUCUCAUUAGUAAGAUGCUCCGCCACGAUCCCAAAGAGCGAAUCGACGCCGCAGGUGCCCUUCUUCACAAUCAAUUUGAUCCGCGAAACGGCCAUCACUGCGACUCGUUCGACGAGCUGCUCCAAAUCUCUUACGAGGAGGCGCAGCCGUUUCUAGCAGGCCUUCACUCCCUUCCCGAGCCAUCCACUUCUAUGCCUCAGCACGAGUCCGACGACAGCGACCGCAUGAUCGAGAGCCUCGUCCAGCUGACGGAGCGAAUCCACCUCCAGCAAGACACCAGUGUAAUUGAUCACGGCUCGCCACUAGCCUCACCUGGUGUCUCUCGCGCUCUGGUCGCUACACGUCCUCCGCAUGUCGCGGCCUCACCUUCCUUGUCACAGGUUGGAAUGGAUUCCCGCCUCACCGAUCUCAUGUGCAUCAGUCCUCCCUGGAGAGGACCCCAACCACCACGACAAGGCACCCCAAUCCCUUCUGCUCAGCGCAAUCGCAUCUUGGCUAAGAGUCUCUUGCCCGAAGGCGAUGAAGAGGACGAAGGUAGCGAUGCUUACCUUAGCGACCAUUCUCCCGUUGCCAUCACCAGUGCAUCAAGGGCCAGCGCGACCAAGCCGAUGUUGUUCCUUCCGCCCCCAAAACAAUCACCCUUUCGAUUACGCUUGGGAGAGCAUCCUUGUCGUCUUGAAGACCGACGUCCUUUGGAAGACCGAAUGGCAUCGACGCCUGUCUCUGCCCCUGCUGCUAUCGAGCCGAAGCCUGUCGUCUUGUGCCCUAUGCCCCUACCUCAGGUAGAGCAUUCAAAGCCCAAACUCAAGCCGUUGGUGCCUCGUACAGAAUUUGGUUCCAGAGGCAACGUUGUAGCAUCGUUGGCAAAGAAGUUUGACGCAAAAAACUUCCUCGCGCGCCCACCUGCCCAUCUUACUGCAAUGACAACAAGCAGCGGACUUGGUCUGACCAUCCGUGGUCAGUCAACGGCACAGGUCGCUCAUGGUCACCGUCGCUCAAAGUCGUACACCCUGGUAAGCUCGCAACAGAAAGGCGUCACUCGUUGCUCGGUGCGUCGAUCCACCGGGUCUUUCGUGCCUAGUCCCGAAGAACAUGUGCCACGAUGUGCUCGUCGACUCUUCGAUACCGACGAGUCCACUUCUCAGUCUCCUGCAGUUGAGAUGGACAUUGCCACUGAUUUCGGAUCUGCAAGGUCCGACACGAAGGAUGCUGGAGGCCAGCACGUACACGGUACGCCCACUGCCGCCGCAACUACAGUAGUUACGGCCUUAGCUCGCACGCCUGCCCUCCAUGCUAUACUGUCAGGUGAUCAGCCAGGCUCUGGCUCUUUUUCACGCCCUGAUUCUACUGCCCAGCGGGUCCACUCGCCUACUCAAUUGGCCAACGGCAGUAUCCCUUCGAGUUCGGCCACCUCUGUCAUGGGAGAAGAGGUCAUCUACAAGAAACUCAAAAAGAUGGCCAGUCUCGCUGGAAUGCUAACCAAGAUGAUCGACGAGACCAUCUUGAGUCCGCAGAAGUCAGCCAUGAAGACCCCAAUGCGCAGACGAUGCUCAGCAUCGACCCAGAGCACCGAGCCGGCGGAUAUCUCCCCUGGACUGCUCGAGACGCCCGAGGCGCUCACCAGGCGGAACAGGAAGAAAGACUCGGAGGCUGAAGACGAUGCUGGAGACAUCUCGUUAGUGUCUGCUGCUUUUUCGUUGGACUUAAGCAGCUCGGCCAGACGGGUGUCGCUGGCUAAUAAAAAUGCUUCUGACGCCGAGGUGGCACAUGAUGAGAAGCGUGCAUCCCUAGUCGAAGCUGACCAGGCAUCUACCCCACAGCUCCACCAAUGUAGCAUCAAGACUCCAUCUUUCGCAGUCUCCGAUCGAGCACUCUCGAUCCCGCCUUCACCAGCGCAGGUAGAGACGCUGUAUUCGUCCUUUUUGCUCAGUCAAAACGUAUCCAAGUCCGGUUCCGGCUUCUUGUCUCCGGGUCAAACCUGCUCAUCUACGACUGGUAUCGCUGUUGGUGGUACAAGUAAGUCUCGAUCCCUUGCUGCGCUGUUCUCGCCUCACAAUAGUGUGCCUGCAUUCGAGCACCUGCUUCAAGACACUUCACCGCGGAAGGUGAAAGUUUCAGGCCGACCUGUCCUCGCUACACCUGUUGGCAAUAACGCGGUACCUUCCACAGAGCACCAGCGUAGUCUUGGGAAAGGUAGGAAGCUGGCCCGACUGUUUCGAAAGCAGUCGUAG